UGACGACUGACACAAAGGCGGUAGCCGGUAGGAAGGGGGUGGUUUUAUGUGGCCAUGGUGUACUGGAGGCGAAAAAAGAUCUACUGUGAUGUCGAACUCUGGUGUGCCACGAUGGCACCAGUUAUGACCGCAGCCUCCCAGGUGAUCGCACUAUCGUACUUUCUCUAUUUAGUUUACACAAACAAAUUUAAAACUGAUGAACUUACUCAUUUUGUUUCUUCAGUAGUACACAAACCAAACUAAAACUUAUAAUCUUGCUUAUUUUGAUGUCAAAUUGGUUGAGCUAUCUCUCUUUAGGAUGACCAAGUUUAUGGGUUUUUUAACAUUUGCUACGCUAAUUGAUCGUUGUUUUCUCCAUCUGCAAAUUCUGAUGAUUAAAACUGGGAGUGGCACUGCGAUGAUGACUGACACGAAGGCGGUAGCCGGUAGGAAGGGGGUGGUUUGAUGUGGGUGGCUUGACUCCCACAUAUUACCCAUGGUGUCUGGUGGUGGAAAAAGAUCUACUGCGAUGUCGAACUCUGACGUGCCAUGACGGCACCACCCAUGACCGCCGCUUCCCAGUUGCCACCUGCUAUAUCCUUGCCAUCCAAGAGAUUCUGGGCUGCCGUGUCGAGGGCUUCCUGCAGAUCUACCUGGGGCUGCCACUGUCAGCUGUGAAGCGACCCGGGCUGCCUUCUCCAUGGUGAUCGCGCUUUUGAUCAACUCAGCGCUUGAUGCCCUUGCGGACUACGCCACGGACACCCCGCGUUCCUCCCUCCCGCGCUGCUGCACAUCCUUGAAGGGCUGCCCUGCGACUUUCUGUGGAACGCUCUGGAUCAUCCCUCUGGAGCCAAGUGCCUGGUGGCCUGGCAGCAGGUGUGCUGUCUCAAGAAGGAAGGCCGCCUGGGCGUUCGCUGUCUCUUCAAGCAAAACCGGUCCCUGCAGGUGAAGCUGCUACACCACCAGCACUCUGACUGCACCCUGCCCUGGUCGAGGUUGUUGUGGGGAAUGUCGGCUUGCCCCAUUGUCCCCAUGAAGCGUCCCUCCGUGCCAGCCGUGCACAGGAAGCGCCUGGUCGAGCUCAUGCCGUUCUACCGGGAUAUCUCAGCUGUCUGCAUUGGCGAUACCCACCACACCUUGUUCUGGCUUGACACCUGGCUCGCCGGUGGUGUGAUCAAGCCGCGGUGCCACGCGCUGUUCACCCAUGCCGUGAACACAGGGGCCAGCAUGCACUCUGUACUGCAGGCUGGCCUUGCCGGGGCUCAGGUCCCCCGCCUCACAGCUGUCGCCGCUCGGGAGCACGCCGAGCUUGCGCACGUUUCCCGCUCGGACGUGGACGACACAAGGUCUCUGGUGCGCUGCUCAAAAGCUAAAGGCAGCACAUCAUCUUCAGAUGCAGCCUCGCCUCUGCCUUCUGGAACUGCACACCCACCUGCUGGAACAUCUGAAAGCACCGCAACGCUGUCACCUUCAGAGAGUAGUGACCUAGCAUGUUGCUCUUGCUUCAGAUGUGCCGCGAUGAUGCCCGGUUGUGGCGUGCCUGCCUCCCUCGGGAUGUGCAAUGCUCCACUGAUGCUUGGCUUCUCUUUCUUAGCUCUAGGCCCCCGUAGGUCCCCCCUUUCUGCCUCCUUUUUCACUGUAAUCCCCAAACUCCAGCUGUAUAUCUGGCUUUGGGCCAAAUGUUUUGAAUGAAAAAAUUCAGGUGGGUAUUUUUGGACGACUAACUGGCUUGAGUGUGCUUCUUGUUCAAAGACUCUGCUAUUUCUUUCUAGCCAGAUCUUCCAAAGGAUUAUUAGAUUAGCAGCUUGUUGAAAUCUUUUAACUUCAGUGAAAUCUAAGAAGACCAUUAGCUGGCCAGACUUGCUUGUUGAAAUCUUUUAACUGCAGUGAAAUCUAAGAAGACCAUUAGCUGGGCAGACUUAGGAACUGUGUUUGAUAGUUGUUAUGUGUUAGAUUAUCACUGGAAUACUGAGGAACCAAUACUUUUUUGUCAGAUAUUUGAGGAACCUGACCACACGGCAGAUGCUUCCACAUUAGAUAAUUGUGCUAUUAUCUUUCCUCUAAAAUCAUAUUCUUGCAUCAGUCCUCACAAACCAGUGAUACUGAGCAAGUCUAUGUAGGUUCCGAUUCCCAUCUUUAUUUGCAGUGGUGCAUAUUUGUAGUCUUUUGUUCAGUUUGCCCUUACUCAACUCAGUUCCUGUCUUUUCAGUUUUCUAUUGCAAAUGCUAAACAACAACAGACAUCCUUCCAAUGGUUUUUUCCUUCAUAUAAUGCCGGUGGAUUCUGUAGGUCCUAUUGCAGAGAUUAUGUCUCUUCUUCAUAGUUGAAGUUUAUACCGUGAUAUACAAGCCUGCAUUUAAAGAAACUUAGUAUAUUGUGAAGAUGAGUAAGAAAUGACCCUUUUCAUUCUAUAGUUCUGAUUUUAAAUAAACUUGCUAGAUUGUUUAUUUCACAGGUUUGCAUGUACCACUUAAUAACAGGAAAUUGUCGGUGAGGGCUGCAAGAUCUUAUUUACCAAGCCUCCAUGCAGAUUUAGAAAGUUAUGUGGUUUGAGAUUGCGGUCUUGAUACUUUGAAUGAAUUCUGCUCUUUAUAUUUAAUUAUCGCCAUAGUUACUACUCCAUCUAGAUUAUUUAAUGGAUCAUUGAGUUAUUAUUAGAUGAUUCAACUGAUGCACCUUGGAUUGCUGGUUUAACUGCAUAUGUUUGAUUUCUAUGCAGACACAGAUAUGUUGUUUAUCUAAGUGAUUUGGGAGAUGUUUAGACUGACAAUGUUUGGGAGAUGUUGGGUCUUGUACUCUUGUUAGUCAAUAGAGUAGUUAGCAUGGCAAUUGUUCUGUCAAAUGAUGUGGAGUUUACAUGGUACUAGAAUAGAAAAGAAUUCACUAUUUUCCUUUCUUGUAUCUUCCCGAACUACUGCAUUUAUGUUUGAUCUUAUCUUUCAAGUCUUCUUCAGAUUCACUUGGUAUUUUCCAUCUCUGGUCUGAUCAAUGGUUCACGGACCGAACUGCCGACUGGAAAAAUGACCUCAUCUAUGCUUAUGGUUUUCUUUCCCGUAGUU